GUGUCUGAGACCAGUGUAAGAUAGCUCACUGACCGACCGACUGACUGACUUGAGGUCAGGACUGGACUAUCAUGUUUUGGGAUCAACCCCCAGAUGAGCUGGAGGAUGAUGGAUGUUGUGAUCUGCAGGAGUGGGAGCAGGACAAGACGGAGGAGGAGGAGGACCAGGAGGACCAGGAGCAGCAGGAGGACCAGGAUCAGACAGAAAGGGAGGAGGAGGAGGAGACCAUGAGGCCCAAGAGCCUGCCUAGCCGCAUGGACCGGAGGAGCAGCUACUUUAAGCUGGUGGAGUCGUUCGCCUCGGAGCUGGGCGAACUGGAGCAGGAGAUGGGGCAGCUGCGUCCAGCGCCGGGCGGCACAGUGGACUCAGAUGGACACGUCCUCCUGCAGGGGCUGGAUGGGCUGGUGGGGGAGAUGAGUGGAGUCUACCUGCAGCACCCCCCCCAGGGCCGGCUGGAUGAGCAGGACUGUGGGUGCGAUUCGCUGGCCCGGCACGUGAGCUUGCUGGACAGACUGACCACCACACAUCCCAUAUGGCUGCUGCUGUCGCUUAGCGACCAGGAGGUCACCCGCAUCCUUCUGCAGCAGUCACCUGGGGCGUUCCUGGUGAGGAGGUCGUGUAAACUGCAGAGGAAGGUGCUCUCAAUGCGCGUGGACGGUUCCUGUGGCCAGCCCAUCUGUGAUUACCCUGUGAAGGAGAACCAGUACACGUUCUCUCUGGAAGGUUCCGGAAUCAGCUUUGCUGAUCUGUUCCGUCUGGUGGCCUUCUACUGCAUCAGCAGGGAUGUGUUGCCCUUUACCCUGAAGCUUCCGGAAGUGGUGGCCACAGCUAAGAGCCAGGCAGAGCUGGAGGAGAUGGCCCAGUUAGGAGCAGGUAUGGCCCCCCUCCCCAGCCUCACCACCACCACCACCAGCACUACCAGCCCCUGGACAAGAGCCAGUCCAGCACCGCCGCGCUGUGCUUCGUCAACCCUCUCUUCCUGCAGACCCAUCGGCCGACCCAUCGGCCGCUCCAGCCAGACACUUGGGCUUCCGAGGGCCCCUCGAGCCCGGGCGGACCGAACUCUAGCGGGAAGCCUCGGGCACCCCCACCUCCGAGACCUCCUCCCCCGCGGUCGUGGCCCCAAAGACCCCGAGCCUCUACGGCCUCCGUCCCUGUGCAGAGGACGAUGCUCCAGACUGCCAGCCCCUUUCACAGCAGCGCCACUUCCACCUCCGCCCCCACCGGGCGUCCACAGUCUCCACAGAGGUCUCCACCUGCCUACAUGGGCACCAGCCACAGCAAAAGUCGGGGCGCCACCAAGAAGCCCGGCCUGCCCAUCCCCGUGCCCCGGCUGCAGCCCAAGAAGAAGCUGCCCGACGUGGACUCGCACUACUGCCACAUCGCCCUGGACGACGAGACCAUCGCCAAGGCGCUGGCGCAAACCAAGCUGCCCCACCACAGGGGGCCCGUGUUGUCGUUGUCGCCGCCGCCCGCCGCCGCUGCCCGGAGGAGGGGAGGGCGGUCGCGGUCACGGACACGGUCACUCCAGCAGCCCGUCUUCUCCCAACCCGAGUCGGAGUCCGAGCUCGAGCCCCACCAGGAAGCCCGUUCAGCACCACCAGCCGCCGGCGCAGUCCAACUCGGGCAGGGAGCAGCGGCUCAGCUGCCUGAGCUUCUCCACCACCACCACCUCCUCGUCCUCGUCCUCAGCCUCGUCCGGCGGCUCCCAGGGGGGCCUCUCCCCCGGCCACCGCGGCCUCCAGCGAUCGCCCGCGCUCCAGGGCCGAGCCCCUGCGGAGCACAGCAGCGAGGAUGACGGAGAUGAGGAUGAGGAAGACGAGGAGGAGGAGGAGGAGGAGUACGACGACGACAACUACGGCGUAGGGCUGGAGCAGGACCUGCAGCUGCGUCUCCAGGCACCGGCACGCCAUCGCUGGCUUAGCGCCCUCGCCGCCGGGCGGAUCAAGGCCUCCCUGCAGGGGCCGACGGCCCUGCACAUCCUCCCGCGCGCGCUCAAGGGACAGUUCCGCAAGGUGAGCGGCAUGCUGGGAUCGCUGGCCACCACGCCCGAGCGCAGGGCCAUACGGCGCGUGGCCGAGCUCGCCCGCAACAAGGGCUCCUACUUCGGCUGCCUGGUGCAGGACUACGUCAGCUUCAUGCUAGAGAAUGGCGGUGGGGCAGCCGGUGGCCUGCACACCUCCGCACUGGACCUCCUGCAGACCCUCCGCCACUUUAUCACGCAGAUGAAGGCCUACCUGAUCCACAGCUCCGAGCUUCAGCCGCCCAUUGAGUCCUUCAUCCCAGAGGACCAAAUAGACCCGGUCCUGGAGAGGGCCAUGCACAAGUGCGUGCUGAAGCCGCUGAAGGCCACGAUGGAGACGGCGCUGCACGACUUCGAGGUGCGCAGCGGCGCGUGGCAGCGUCUGCGGGAGAACCUGGCGCUGGCCAAGACGCGGCGGCCCGAGGAGCUGGGCGUGGAGGGCUUGCCGCCGGACGCCGCCGCCCUCGACAAGAUCCGCCACAAGCUCCACGCCAUGGGCAAGAUGUACUCGCCCGAGAAGAAGGUGCAGCUGCUGCUGCACGUCUGCAAGCUCAUCUACAGCGUGAUGCAGGACAACUCAGGGAGGAUGUUUGGAGCGGACGACUUCCUGCCCAUGCUGACGUAUGUACUGGCCCAGUGUGACAUGCCCCAGCUGGACACGGAUAUCCAGUACAUGAUGGAGCUCCUAGACCCCACCCUGCUGUGCGGAGAAGGUGGGUACUACCUGACCAGUGCGUACAGUGCCAUGGAGCUCAUCAAGAACCUCCAGGAGGAGCAGGCGGCGCGCGUCCUCAGCUCCAAGGCCCAGAACACCCUGCACCAGUGGCACCGCCGACGCACCACCCAGCGCUCCAUCCCCACCCUGGAGGACUUCCAGAACUACCUGCGGGUGGCGCUGCAGGAGGUGGGCAGCGGCUGCACCUCCAAGACGCUGCAGGUGCGCCCGUACGUCACCACCGAGGAGGUGUGCCAGCUCUGCGCGCUCAAGUUCCGCGUGGCCGACCCCGAGAGCCACGCCCUGUUCCUGCUCACGGACGGCGCUAGCCAGCAGCUGGCACCAGACACCCACCCGCAGAGGAUCAAGGCCGAACUGCACAGCCGCCCGCAGGUCCAGGACUACCACUUUGUGUACCGCAGGAUGUCCACCCUCGGACUCGGGCAAAGCCACGACCAGAACCACAAUCAGAACCACAGCCUGCCAGCCGACAACACCACCACUACCACCACCAGCACCAGUGGUCACUGUAUCAGUAAUGGCCUUCCCAACUCUAGUUGAGAGAGACCUUGAGUGAAUUUUUCCAGUUACGGAUUCGUUGACGUUGUCAAGAGAGACAGGACCUCUUGUCUUAUGGUCAGGUGAUAUUUGAUCAUGCCAUGUGAUUACAAUGAUGUGUUCCUGCAGGGUCAUUCACUGCUUCAGUGCCUAAUGUUCCUGACCUGAAUAGGGGUUGGAAAUCCUACAUUUCCCAGAAUGCACUUGAAGCCUGGACCCGAUUCUGUACACCAUGACCAGCAGCAGUCAGUGUCUCAGUAAUGGCCUUCCCAACUUGAGUGCUGUUUGGUUCUGAGACUGAUGUGGUGGCACAGAUAUCCUCUGAUCUCAAGACAUGCUCAAGUGAUAUUUGAUCAUCCAACUGCAUUGAUGCAUCCCUGUAGACAUAUCAGGGCUAUUCACAACUGCAGAGUUGCGUGGCUAUUUUUAUGACCUGAGGGAAGGAAUGAAAUCCUACAUUUCCCAGAGUUCACCGCCAGUCUGGAUCUGAUUCUAUGCUAUACAGCCAAGUUUGCUCUGGGAUUUGGCAGAUAUUUGGUAAGUGCAAAAUAAUGACUUGUGUGUGCAUGCAAACUUAAAAAUUUGUGUCAGAAGACGUCAUCUAACCUUCAAGCAAAGGACUGAUGACUUUUAAUCUGUGCCUUUUAAUUAUUAUACUUCUGCAAUGGAGUGACUGAAUGUCUCAACUUUUUCUGAACUGGAAUUUGUACAGUGGUGCUCACAUACCAACCACAGGUUUGUCCUCCUUGGGUAGCCAUAGUUUCCUGUACAGCACCUCUGUGUAUGUAGUUUUAUGUGAUUUCACUGUUGCCUUUUCUUGUCCAUAAACACCAAUGUAUGUGCCUGAGGUUGUAAGAAAGUACCCAAUUAAAAACCUGCAUUUUGAGUCCAUCUCGUACAUUGUACAUAAAGAUACAGAUAAUUUUAUUGUUAUUUGUUAUUAUUAUAGAGAGAUUAUUUCAUAGAAUAUAUUUUACAUUUUCAGUCCCGGUUGCUGGUUAACUGUGGAUGACUAUUGUAGCCAUGUCUAUUCGCUGUACUGUACACAUUCUUGUCCCAGUUGCUAGCAGUUCUGUCACUUACCUUGAUGCCAGUAAAAUAAAUAAUAUGCUAACCGUUGAUUCUGCAGACAUAUGCUAUACUUUGUACUUUUAAUUAUUGUUUCAUAAAUUACACAAAUGCAAGUGUUAUAUUCACAAAUCCAAGUCAUGAAAAGAAGCGAGUGAUGGUCAUUCCAUGAGGUAGCCAUGCUGUUGUGGUCAGAAUAUGAACAUACUUUAGAGUGUUCUGAAGAGUCAUACCUGUGAUGCAAUCACUUGGCAUCAUUAUGAACUUACAAGUGUAGUAGUCCACCAUGGUGUGCAUGCGUGUACAGUGAGUGUGAUCAGAAAUCCUGGCUCUCUAAAUAAGAAACAAACACAGUGGCCGGAGUUGAGCCAAAGACGGCCACCCAACAUGUUGGUUCAGGAGUGCGGAGCAGGGAAGGGGUGGAAUUUGACUAUGUUGAACUCAAAUACUGACAAUCUUUCACCAGAAUUCUUAAGUCUCGGAUUAUGCCUUUAAAAUGCAUAUCUGCCAAUUGAAUGCAAAGAGAGUGUGACACCUAGUGGACUUAAUCUGUUAUUGCACUCUUCAGAAAACUGCCAUCAAACCAAAAGUGCCUUUAGGACUGUGGCAUACACCAGAGGCUAUAAUGGGGCUUGUUACAGUUUCUAUCAGUUGCUUUGGUGCAGUUCUUGAAUCAUAUUAAUGUUUGCUCGACAGUGAGUGUAUUAUCGCAACAAAUUGUACAAACUACACUACACAGUGGAUUAUAUACAAAAGUGCAUAACUUGCUCCAAAUGCUUAGUUUAUGUCUUAAAAAACAAAUAUCAAUGAAUAUGUCAGUGCCAUAGCAUAGUAAAACUAGAUUAUAUGGAGGUUGAACACGUACAGUAUUGAAAAUUUUAAUUCUGAGAAAUGGACUAAAGCAACUGAGUAAAACUGACAUAAUUAUGUUUAAUAAAUUAGUGUCGUACCAGGGCUGUAUAGGCUACAUAUAGAGAGAGUAGCCUAUGAGACAACAAAGCUACUUUCAUGCAGUCAUGAAAGUAGCUUUUCCACAUACUGAAUCUUCAUGCAGUCAUGAAAGUUUGCUUUUCCACAUACUGAAUCUGAAUACAUUUGAUUGGCUAUUGUCAUAAAACUCAACAACUGCACUGCAAAAAUGCGUAUUAUUACUUAUCCCAUUGACAAGGAUUGUGCUUGGCUUCAUUACAGAGACCAGCUGUUAAAGAAGCAAUGAGAGGGUUUCAUUAUGAAAUAAAAAAUGGAAAUGCCAAUGCUGCUUACCUGCGGAAGCAAUGUAGCCUAUCACUGCAGGACAGUAGUAGACAAGCUGUUUGUGAGGUGUUUGUGUGUGUUGACCAAGCUGUGGUGUUUGAAAAAGGGAUGAAAUAAAGAGUUGGGUAAAGUGCACAUAAACCGAUUCCUGUGUGUGUGUGUGUGUGUGUGAGAGAGAGUGUGUGUGCAGACCCACCCCCAAGCUAUUUUACACAAUGCUUAUUACACUUUAAAAGAAAACAUAUUUUAGACUAGCCUAUACCUAAAGGAGGCCCAUAUCAUGUGAAGACUGAUCAUGUUUUGUAGGCCUACAAUUCAUCGGGAAUUCGGUCUGCAAAGAAUUCAAUUUUACAAAAUGUAUUGCACUUAUUUAGAAAAUUACUGUAUUACUGUACUGUAACACAUUCUGUAUUUGACUAACCUCCUCAAUAUGGAGACAUUUCACUUGCUCUGUUAUUUCCACAAUAAACUGAAAUUAAACUGGA